UUUCUUAAAAGGGCGAUCGAGAGCUAAGCAGUCACUUGAAAAACACCAGUCGACGCGACCAGUUCCAGAUCGCUUCAAUCGGAAAACCAUCUGAGACAGUUAACAGUUAACAGAGGCGACUCACUUGGCUGAGACCCAGUUAUCAGACAAAAACAAAAAACAGCUGACCGGAGGAGAGCAAAACGCUCAGCGCGUGUGCGAAUAAGAAAAAGAAAAGAAAAACGAGAAAACAUACACAAAAAAAAGCACGCAGCACGAGAUACACAAAAAGAAGCGUUAUUUCGGCAGCGGAAAAUUUUGAACGCCAAACAAAGCCGAAUCGUAAUAGCCGAGAGCUUUUACGUCAAAAGACACAACCGACAAAAAAAUCAAAAAUCAACUCUACACCCAUAACGUGUUAGCCGGUCGAGAUGAGUGGUUCGGUUUUGAGCAUCGCGCGUCCUGCCGCCGCCGCCACCAACGGUCACAGUAUCCUGGCCAAGCAGCUGAACUGUAAUGGUAAUGGCACUUCGGGAGGAGCUGCCAAGACCACUGUGGCCUCGGCCAUAACACCGCCGAAACAACCCCAGUUGGCGGCCAAGGUCAUCCAGCAGUCGCAGAUCAUUUGCUUUGACGUCGAUUCGACGGUGAUUUGCGAGGAGGGCAUCGACGAACUGGCCGAGUACUGUGGCAAGGGCAGCGAGGUGGCACGCGUCACCAAGGAGGCGAUGGGCGGUGCCAUGACCUUUCAGGAUGCCCUCAAGAUACGCCUGAACAUCAUCCAGCCGACCCAGCAGCAGGUCAGAGACUUCAUCGCCGAGCGUCCCAGCACCCUGACCAAGAAUGUCAAGCGCUUCGUCAGCCACCUGAAGGCGGAGGGCAAGCAGGUGUACCUGGUCUCCGGAGGAUUCGACUGCCUGAUAGCACCAGUGGCCACGGAACUCGGCAUCCCCCUCGCCAACGUCUAUGCCAACAAAAUGCUCUUCGAUUACCUGGGCAAUUACGACAGCUUCGACAUCAGCCAACCCACCUCGCGCUCCGGCGGCAAGGCCGAGGCCAUAUCGAUCAUCAAACAGAGGUACAACGAGGACUCGCUGAUCACGAUGAUCGGAGAUGGUGCCACCGAUCUGGAGGCAGUGCCUCCAGCUAACUAUUUCAUUGGAUUCGGAGGGAAUGUGGUGCGUCCGGAGGUGUAUCGACGGGCCCAGUAUUACGUAACGGACUUUGAGCAGCUCAUGGGACAAAAUGAAUGAUAGAGAAAUAUCCGGACUUGGCCCAGUAAGAGGGAGGAGGAGGGCCCAGUCGAAGGGGCGGCGAAUUUAGUAUUUGAAAUCAACGUGUUAUAGCUCAUAGUGAUGUCCAGUUCAGUGUGAAAAUGUAUGUGUGUACGAGUAGUUCGUAGCAAAUUGCUAAAACAAUAAAAAAGCAAUAGUACAAUUAUGGAGAAGGAGAACAA